AUGAGUUGUGGCUUCUGCAGUCACGAAAUCUCCGUUUCCGUCAUCCCCUUCCUCCUUAUCGUCAUUAGUACAAUCGCUGACAACAAUAACAGCACCAACAAUAUCAUCCUGCGUCUCCACCUCGUGCCCCGUACUGGCCACCCUCCUCUUCCGACCGGUCGUCCUUGCCGCUCUUCUCUUUCCUCUGGCAGUCAUCCCUAA